AUGGGACGAAACGAUAGGCGAACGGGAAGUGGGAAACGAUGCGCGAAGCGCGCGACGCGAUGCGAUGUGGCGCAAUCGCCGGAACGGUCGACGACGGCGAUCGCGAACUCGAAGACGGUGGCGGCGGUGAUCCUCGGAGGCGGGGCGGGGACGCGAUUGUACCCGCUCACGAAGAGCCGAGCGAAACCGGCGGUGCCGAUCGGUGGGGCGUAUCGAUUGAUCGACGUCCCGAUGUCGAACUGCCUGAACAGCGGGAUCUCGAAGGUUUACAUUUUGACGCAAUUCAACAGCGCGUCGUUGAACCGACACUUGGCGCGCACGUACAACUUUGGUAACGGGAUCAUGUACGGUGGGAAUGGUUUCGUGGAGGUGCUGGCGGCGACGCAAACGCCGGGUCAAGGCGGGAAGGAGUGGUUCCAAGGCACCGCCGACGCCGUGCGACAGUACUCUUGGUUGUUCAACGACGUCAAGAACAAGGACGUCGAGGACAUCGUCAUCUUGGCGGGCGAUCACUUGUACCGCAUGGACUACAUGAAGUUCGUCGAGGCGCACAGAGAAAGCAACGCCGACAUUACCGUCGGUACGUUGCCGAUCGACGAAGAGCGCGCGAGCGAUUUUGGUUUGAUGAAGAUUGACUCGUCGGGACGCAUCGUCGAAUUCACCGAAAAGCCCAAGGGCGACGCCCUGCAAGCGAUGAAGGUGGACACCACCAUUCUCGGUUUGACCGCGGCCGAGGCCGAGGCGAAGCCUUUCAUCGCUUCCAUGGGGAUUUACGUCUUCAAGAAGUCGAUGUUGGUCAAGUUUUUGGACGACGACUACCCCGAAGACAACGACUUUGGCGGCGAAAUCAUCCCGAAGGCGAGCGCCGACGGCGCCAGAGUGCAAGCGUACUUGUUCAACGAUUACUGGGAGGACAUUGGAACCAUGAAGAGCUUCUUCGAGGCUAACUUGGCCUUGGCCAAGGACCCGCCGAACUUUGAGUUUUACAACGCCGAAGCGCCGAUUUACACUUCGCCGCGCUUCUUGCCGCCGGCCAAGAUUGAACGGUGCCACGUCAAGGACUCCAUCAUCUCUCACGGUGCCGCUCUCGCGGAUUGCUCCGUCGAAGAAUCCAUCGUCGGUUUGCGCUCGCGCGUCGAAGCGGGGACGAAGAUCAAGCGCACCAUGAUCAUCGGCGCCGACUUUUACGAGAGCGAGGAGAAGCGUAAAGCCAUCUUAGCCGCCGGCGGCGUCCCGGUCGGGAUCGGCGAGAACACCAUCAUCGAGAACGCCAUCAUCGACAAGAACGCGCGCGUCGGGAAGAACUGCGUCAUCACCAACAAGGACAACAUCGAAGACUUGGCCGACGAAGAGCGCGGCGUCUUCAUCCGCAACGGCAUCGUCACCAUUCUCAGAAACUGCACCAUCCCCGACGGGACGGUCAUCUGA